ACCGGGAGGAAGAGCCCAGGGGGGGCAGCUGCCUGGAGGAGGGGGGGGAGAAGAGGAAAAUGAGGGAUCCAGCCGGGCUGUGAGCAAGCGCAAGAGAAGGGCAACAUCUCGCUGGUAUGUACGCUCUGGCCUUGGCUAGGGUGGAGACGACGGGGGGCAGCAGGGACAGAGCACUGGCCCCUUCCCGCCUGGCGAGCACCACCGCCGCCCACCCAGGAAAGAGGAUUUGCACUCGCCGCCUCCUCCUCUCCUGUCCCCAGGGCCCAUCGCAGCAGGCCGGCUCUGGGCAGCCAUGUCCGAGAGCAAGAAGCCCCCCAGGGCGGCGGCCCCCGCCUUUCGGGUCGUCAGAGUCAUCGUGAAGACCCUCAAGCGCAAGGAACGCUUCGAGGUGGCCGAGAGCACCGUGGUCCAGGACUUCAAGAGGCUGAUCUCAGAGCGCUUCCAGACGCCGCCGGAGCAGCUGUCGCUCAUCUUUGCUGGGGAGAUCCUGAAAGACCAGGACACGCUGGCGCAGCAUAAGGUGGGCGACGGUUCCAAAGUCCACCUCUUCAUCAAGUCCCCAAGGAGAACUCCGGGGAACCCCGCCCCAAGGGGGUGCGGCCCCGCCACGUUCCUGCCUGUGCCCACGGCAGACGGGCUGCACGGCUUGGACCUGGCCGAGUGGAAUGGCCAGCCCGAGGAAAUGGUGGCCUCCUGCCACGAGCUCGUGGCCCAGACUCUGGAGAACCUCCUGCUCCAGACGGUCUCUCUGAAGCUGGACGCCUCCACCUUGAACGACAACCCCCUCCUCCUGGGUUUCCUCAUUGGCGUCACGGGCAUGAGCGUCCUGGGCGUGAACGCCACGGACGUGUCCGACCUCGUGAGCGAGGGCCAGGAGCAGGACGUGACCCGGCAGGAGCUGAUCAGCGACGUGAUGCAGCACCCCUUGGUGCAGAACCUGUUUGGCGACACAGAGCAGGUGAGGCAGCUGAUCAUGUCUGUCCCCCAGAUGCAGCAGCUGGCGGAGCAGAACCCCGAGAUCAGCCACAUCCUCAACAACUCGGAGUUCCUGAGGGAAAUGAUCGAUGUGGCCACCAGCCCGGCUGUGAUGGACGAGAUCAUCCGCAACCACGACCGGGCCCUGAGCAACUUGGAGAGCAUCCCCGGGGGGUACAGCGCCUUGCAGCAGCUCUACCACGACAUCGAGGCCCCGAUGCUGAACGCCGUGCAGGCCCAGUUCCAGGGGGACCCGUUUGCCCCCUCGGAGAGCAAGCCCCCUUCUUCAGGGGGGAUCAGGCCCCUGGCCCAGGUGGAAAACAGAGAGCCCUUGCCGAACCCGUGGGCCCCCCAGCCCAACAGCAGUGGGGACAGCCUCAACAACGCCACCGAAGGGAACGACCCCAGCAACGCUCCGGGGCAGCCCGGAUAUAUCCUGCUUGCUUUGGCGCCUGGAGUUCGGCCGGGACCGAGCAAGUCUGAAAGCAUCCAGAACAUGAUCCAUCAGCUGACGGACAACCUGGAGUUCAUGCAGAACAUGACGAGUGCGCUUGCGGAGCCCGAGGGCCCCACACAGACCUUCCUCAGCCACCAAACCUUCCCCACAAGCAAUGGGGCUCCUCCGCCACACAGGUGGGAGCCGCAACUCCCCCCGCCGUUGGCAAAGUCAGAGGCCGCCGCGCUGCUGACCAACCCACGGGCUGUCCAGGCUCUUCUCCAGAUGCAGACGAGCCUUCUGACACUGACCCGGGAGGUGCCUGAUUUCCUCCAGGCCUUGACCGACCCAGACGUGGAGCCCGAGAGCAUGGAAGACUCGGACGAGGGCGACAACAGCUUGUCCUCGGAGACAGAGAGCCUCCUCUCGGCCAACGAGAGCUUGGAGCUGGAGAGCGACAGGUCCCAAGCAGACGAGGGAGACACCGAAGGAGACGACGAAGAAGCCAUGGAGCAGCAGAGCCCGGCUGUCCUCUACCAGGUGCAGCUGGAGCAGCUCCAGGCCAUGGGCCACCACGACCCAGAGCAGAAUUUGCAGGCGUUAAUUGACACAGACGGAGAUAUCGCGGCUGCUGUUGAAAAGCUAACAAACUCCCGGGCUUCCUAGCCACAGAUUUACCUUUGCCUCUUGUAGGGUCACCUGACACACUAAAGUCAGCA